GCAAGGAUCUUUCCUUUCCCUCCCCCUCCUACUCCCUUCACCCGUCCCUUCAUACCCGUCCGCCACUAGUCAAACAUGGUCCGCUCACUCAUCACGCUGUUUGGCGCCUUCGUGGCUAGCUCUGCUGUCGCCUCCGCCGCGACGACGAGCCUUACUGCCCGCCACUUGGCCCUCCUCGCGAGGCAGACUAUCGGCACGGACGACAUCCCCUCCCAGUGCCAGGACGAGUGCGGCUCGAUCUUGAACACCCUUCAGACGUGCGCGGACACCGACUGCUUGUGCACGCAGGACAACGGGGAGUCGCUCGAGGCGUGCCUGGGGUGCCUCGUCGCAAUCGCGCCCUCAGCCGACCUGUACGACCAGAGCCAGUCUAUUCUCGAUUCCUUCGAGCAAUCCUGCCCCAACGUCAGCGGCCUCACCCUCACCGCCAUCUCUGCCUCCGCCACCGGCGCCCCCGCCUCCGCCACCGAGUCCCUCUCCGACAUCUUCUCCGACGAGAGCAGCGCGUUCUCUUCCGCCACCAGCGCCUUCAGCUCUGGCUCCGCGGCGGCCACGCGCACGAGCUCGCCGACCUUCACCACGCCCUCGCGCACGGCGACUAGCACGUCCAGCGCGGAUGACUCCUCCUCUUCGGAUGACUCGAGUGACUCCUCGGACGACGACUCGAACCCGCUCAACGACCACAACGGUGCGGCUAGCCUGGGUGCAGGUGUCGCGUCCUUGAUGGCGGUGUGCGCGGGUGCUUGGGUGGCGCUUGCGUAGAGUGGAUGCUUGACAGGCGAAGACGGAUGGUUGACGGAAAGCUGGGAGAAGAGAACGUAGCUGGAAGGACUCACUGUACAUACCCACCUAACCCUAUGCUAAGUUAUCUCUAGCUUCACU